GGAUUCUACGUUGACCUGUCUCAUCAAGAAUGUUCCUGACCAUUUGGAAACCUCACCGCGAUAUAUGAAGGGCGACGGGGGUACAAGGAUGUAUCAGAGUCUGUACCUGUACGUCAAUCUACCGAGAUGUUACCUUGAUUAUGGAUGAAUCGGCAACAUGGGAGUUGUUUCCCUUAGUCUAUUUAUGUAUUUGUAUAUAUAGGCACACGGGUUGAAGCUUAUUUCUUUCCAGAGGCUCAUUCUGCUUUUCUUUUCUGUUUACUGCGACAAAUUGAUAGCCAUGCUUCUGAAAAGUCUCAUCUCUACGGUUGGAGUCUUCGCGACUUCAGCAAGCGCUACCAUAUACUAUGCAGGAGUUUCUGAAAGUGGUGGAGAGUUUGGAGUGUAUAGUAUGUGCUCCUUCAAUCAUGUCAAAUUUCAGAUUCGAGCAUAGCAAAUUGGCGUUAGAAUGUUUAGGUGGUCGAGAUUCAAAGAUACUAACAUGGAAACAGGUGGAACAGGUACUGUAGGAACAGGAUUGCCGGGAGUAUUUGGUCGGGAUUAUGAUUUCAUCAACAAAUCCGCUGUUGACGUCUAUGUUGAUCAGAACAAGGUGCGUUCAUAGUCUAGCUCUAUCUGUGAUAGCUCAAGAGAAGAAUAGUUUAGUUGUGAACUCAAAGCGAUAACUAACGGCGCUGUAGGCAAACUUGUUCCGUGUAACAUUCCUACUGGAGCGAAUGUGUCCUCCUGCUACAGGCUUAGGCUCUAAAUUCAACGAAACCGUGAGUUUCUCAAUCAUCUCCUCUCUUCUUCAUCAGCCAAGCUAACAUGUAGAACAGCAUUACUCCUACUACGCAGAUGCAAUCAACUACAUCACGCAAACCAAAUCAUCCUAUGCUAUCUUGGAUCCUCAUAAUUACAUGCGCUAUAAUGAUCCAUCUUCACAACCAUACUCUGGAUCUAUAAUAGGUGACACUACGGAUGCAAAGGCUGCAACCACUGCACAAUUUGGUGCGUUCUGGGGAGAAUUGGCGAAGAGAUUCAAGAAUAACCAGAAUGUUAUCUUUGCACUAAUGAACGAGGUCAGUUCCCUUAUACUAUGCAUGCUCUGCCUCCGUGGCUUCUCCUUAUACUUCCUAUCACACGAAAGAAAAUGAUCGAGACUAAUGAAAGUGCUAGCCCCACGAUAUGGCUACAAGCUUAGUAGUAAAAAACAAUCAAGCUGCCAUUACCGCCAUUCGCAAAGCCGGCGCCAAGAACUUGUCAGUAGCACCAUCAUCAACCCACUAGUUGGUAUUAAUACUUACAAAACACAGGAUCCUAGCACCAGGUAACUCAUGGACAGGAGGACACGCCUGGACCCAAGGCAGCGACCCCUCAAGCGCCCUGCUGCAAACCCUCCAAGACCCCCUCAACAACACCGCCAUUGACAUCCACGAAUACCUCGAUUCCGACUUUUCCGGCAGCCAUUCCGUCUGCUCCUCACCUGCUUCAACAAAUCUCGCCGCUUUAACCUCCUGGCUCCAAACCUACAAGCUCAAGGCCAUGAUCACCGAAUUUGGCAGCGCAAACGGCACAGAAUGUGAACCAUAUAUUUCAGGCAUGAUCAACUACAUGGCGGCAAACGAUGUGUAUAUUGGAUGGACGGCCUGGGCCGCAGGACCAUUUUGGGGAGCGAAUUCUCCGUGCUGUGCGGAUUCGGCACAGUGGGGAAGUUUGGAACCGGGAAGUUUGGCUGGUGAUGGAAGUCCUGGGUGAGUUACCUUGAAAGUUGGUUGAGGAUUCAUGUGCUAAUUGAAUAUAGAUUGUAUGAGACGGUUUGGUUGAAGACUAUUCAGCCUUUGUUGCCGAAGACGUUGCAGAGGUCGGGUCCGGCUACUGUGCAUCAUUAGAUGGUGAUUGGGAUCAAUGGGAAAUCACUUUUGUGUCCACCAAUCUUUCAGAAUGUUACAAUUAAGGGCACUAAGAUAGUUAGUUCGAUGCAUGUAAAUAUAAAUUCUUACUCUGUCCCUCAGAUGAUCUACUCCGCGAACUUUCAUCUC